AUGCUGGAGAGCGACAGUGUCUUCUUCUGCUUCGUUUCUCUCGCCAUACUCAUCAGCAACAGACGCAUGCUGCUGAGUACUGAGGUCUCGCAGUUGCCUGAGACCCUGAGCAAACUCUCCAUCAACUCCGUCCCGGAACUAUCCCUUUUGUGGCGCCUCGCCCAGGAGCUCCGCGACCAGACGCCUCUCAGUUUCUCGUACAUCUUCUGCGCUUCGCAGACGGGGAGCUCGGAGCCUCAGCUGCAGCCGCUGCAGCAGACGGAGUCUGAGCGUGUUUUCUUCAUGCUGCCCCAGGAAGUACUCAACCACGCCUACGGGCGCACAUCAGCGCCUCUGUUCUCCCCGUGCGAAGACUUUGGGAUCUCUGGGCGUUGCAGCAGCGGGGUCUCGCCUGCAGCAACGCAUGCAUCAGCAGCAGCUGCUGCUGCUCCUGCAGCUGCUGGAGCUGCUGGGGCAUGCGGUGAGUCGCAGCGUGCGAGAGGGGACCUUGCUGCAGGGCGAGGCCCUGCUUGGAAGCUCCUGCUGCUGGACUUGAGGCCUCAGUGGCUCUUCGAGGGGGGGCGCCUGCCGCCAGCCAUUCACGUGGAUGCUCUGGGGGACUGGAAGCAAACGCUUCCUGCUCUCGUUGGUGCCAUAGACCCGGCUACGACAGGAGCAGCUGCAGCAACCGCUACAGACGCCGACCCCACAAGAAGCAGCUUAAGCAGCGGGUGCGGGAGCCCCUCUGCUAGGAAUUCUAAUGGGAGGCGCGCAGGAGGUGAAGACACCGAAAGGCGGAGGCUGCCGCGGCGGCGAGGUACGCGGCUGCUGCGCUCGUUAAAGUGGAGAGGACACCCUGGAGAUUCGCGCUCCUCCUCAUCUGCUGCGGGAGAUGGUACUGCUGCUUCGGCCACAGCAGCAACAGCAGCAGCAGCAGCAGGAGGGCAAGGGACCCGCGCAGGCAGGACGUCUUCUCGAGCUUCGUCCGUUGCUGCUGUGAAUGCGGCAGAGUUGCAAACUGCAGCAGCGCAAGCACGACGGGGGUCCGCAGGCUGCACCUCGGCAGGCGCGGAGACGGAGCAGAGCCAGCAGCAGGCUGCAGCAGCAGCAGCAAAGCGGCACCCCCACCGCCGCUGCAUGUCAGAGCCAUUUCCCCGUGGAGAUAGGACUCCUUUCUGGCGGUUGCGUAGUUCUUGCUCUGAGCAUGCAACAGGACCAACAGGAACUGCAGCAGCAGGAACAGCAGCAGCAUCAGGGGGGACCCCACAGCCCGCAACUGCCGGAAGGAAUUGCUUUGAGAGCGCAGCUGUCGUGCAGGAGUUUCAAGCAAAGUGGCCGCAGCUGGAGUGCUUGCCAGUGUUGCCUUGCAGCAGCAGUAUCGCCCAGCUGCAGCAAGCAACUGCGGCGCCGCUCUCAGCAGCAGCAAACAACGGACAACAGCCGGUAGCAGAGGCAGCAACAGAAGCGAAAACGGACAGGAAGCAGACGGGCAUCUUGCGGGCGUCUGACCUCCCGGAGGAGGAGGAGCAGCAGCAGCAGCAACAUCACGAACAGCAGCAGCACGAGAAGCAGCAGCAGCGAGAGGACAAGAGAAUGCGCGGGGACAUUGGGGGUGAGCAAGGGGGUCAUCGGGGCGAGGCUUUGCGUCAUAUAGACGAGCGCCUUACAGCGAGCACUGCAGCAGGAGGCAGUGCUGCUGAGUGCAUGGCGGGGUGUGCAGCAGGAGACAGAGGCUGCAAGGCCGGGGCCUCAGGGGCUGCUCGCGAGAGGUUUGUCCAGUCGGACGUGUUUUGCUGCACAUCUCUGACACCGGAGGAGAAUAGGAAGGCCUACAGCUUGCAUCAAUUGCAGGUGCCCUCGCACCACGUCUGUCUCCUCACCGAGGAGGGGACGCUGGAUGCAGAUGCUGCGGAGAUAUACCAUUUCUUAACAGAGGAGAUGGCGCUGAGGUGGGUUUCCUUUGUUCGCGGAGGCUACGUUGCGUGUCACUGGCUGGCGAUGCAGCAGCAGCUGGAGCUUGUGGACCACACAACGGGCACAUGCUCCGUCUGCACCGCUGAGGCCCAGCAGCAGCAUCAGCGCCUUGAGCAGCAAGAGCAGCAGCAGCAGCAACAGCAGCAGCGGUCGGUGCGCCGAGGCAGCCGUCAGUCGGUUUUGUCACGAGCGUGGAGUUCCUCUUCUCUGUCUUCAGAUAUAAACUCUUCCGCGUCGACGACGCCUUUUAGCCGCUCUCAUGCUUUGUCUCCAUCAAUUAAUGUCGUUCGCACGCAGCAACAGCAGCAGCAACAACAGCAGCAGCAGCAGCAGCAGGUAAGGAGCAACAGCGCGUUUAGGCCGAGCGGUACCCAGGGUCUUAACUUGGGGGGCAUAUUGGGGGCCUGGCGGCGGCUGUCCAGCGCGAAGUCUCCCCGUGGCUCUUCUUCCAAAGGGCGGAAGACAGGAGCAACAACGGCAGAAACAGCAGCCGCUAGAGCAGCAACGGCAGCAGAAGCAACGACGCCUGCAAACGAGGAUGCUGUGUUGGCAUCAGGCCCGCUGGUGCCUAACUUGUGCGCGCUGUGCAGCAGCAACAGCUUCAGCAGCCGUAGCAGCAAAAGCAGCAGCACCCGCAGCAGCGCCUUGAUCCCUUCCUAUACGCCUCAGGAAGGCACCCCGAUGCUGCUGAAGCAGCGGUGGCUGAGCGGCGGCGUGACCAGCAAUAGCUGUGUGUCGUGUGGGUCUCCGCUGCCGGCUGCGGGAGGUUGGUCUGCCGCUGCCGCUGCUGGGGGGGACCUUUCUGUUGCUACUACUGUUGCUGGAGAAGCGCUGCCCCCUCAGCUGCCUUUCCAGCGCUGGGCGUCUUUGCUUUCAUUGCCAACGCACCGCCUCGUGUUGCUUAGGGUUCCUCGCUGGGCUCUCCAGGUAUUUCUUCGGGCGGCGGAUGUGAGGACCUUCCCCUGUUAUGUGGAGGCCGUAUUGCAGCCGCCAUUACAUCUGCUGCUGCAGCAGCAGCACAGUGCCGUCUCUUCAGCAGCUGGCUCAGGUGGACAAGGCUCCACUGAAACCCCGCCGCCGAUUCUGUGUGAGGCACAUGGCGCAGCAUGCGACAGCAGCAUCAGCAGCAGUAGCAAUAGCAGCAGCAACAGCGCUGCAGAUACGGGCAAAAGCUGCACAGGCUCGUUGCCGUCCCUUGCGCAGCUCUCCAGCAUUGCCCCCCGUGCCGCUGUUCCCGAGUCGCCGCUGGGAGCAGCAACAGCUUCGGUGACUGCUCGUUCCCUUUCUCUGCUGCUUCGGUGGCACUCAUCCUCAACCCCCCUGAGCCGCAGAAGCACAGACAGCCAAAAGGACUACUAUAUACAGCAGCAACAGCAGCAGCACGUUUCUCGCGGGGGGUCUCACGGCGUGCUAGCCAAGCGCAGCAGCAGCGGAGGGGGACCUGGUGGGUCUAGUGGGGCGCCAGCUGUAUCGAUGCCUUUGGGGGACGGUUACGAUCACCUGUCUUCUUGGCUCUUCAACGCGCCAGACAGAAGACUUUGUGAAGUGAUUGUGACUCCUGACCGCGUUGUGCUUGUCAGCGGAGCUAAGCAACAGCAGCAUCAGCAGCUGCUGCUGCAGAGGCAGCAGGAUCAGCAGCAGGAGGGAGGUGAAGAAGGGGUAAUAGGUAUUACGGAGCUGGCGCGAUACCCUGAGGAUACUCCUAAAGGUGCAGAAGAAUAUCAGGGGGGAGCACAGUGGCGCCUUGUUGCUGAUCUCCUGGGCCUUCCGCCACCAUGGCGCCUGAAGCCCGAGCAGCAGCAGCAGGAACAACAGCCAGGAGACUCCCAGCAGCAACAACUCGAGCACCAGCAGCCACAACAGCAGCAGGUGGAAGAUGACUUCGUCGAUGUGUAUUCUUCGAUGGAGUUGGCGGAGACUCACAAAAUAACGAGCAGGAAAAACGAUGCAAGGCUUUUGUGCUUUUACUUCAAUGCUACAAAGUCGCAGCCGCUGAUGGUCUUGAGGUUCCCAGAUGACGGCUCAGCGAAAGGUUGCAUAGCCCACGUCAAAAAAAUGUAUCGUGCUUACAGGAUGCGCAAGCAUCAGCAGCAGCAGCAGCGGGCGCAGCAAGCUGGUGCAAGCGACGCGCAAUCCGCGGCGCCCAGUGGUAAUGGGGGCGCCUGA